AUUCAUAGAUACCAUCUUUUUGAAAUACCUUUUUUUUUUCUGAAGAAGCUCAAAGUAGUGUAAACUUUGAUAGCUUAUUAAAAAAAAAAAAUUCCCAAGCAUGGGCCACUUGUAACCUGCUAAUGUGUAAUUGUCUGCCCUUUGCUAGGCUGCUUUGCCAUUUUUUCUGUUAAGAGAUCACAGUGAUCAGGAAAGUGUGCAUGGGAUGGACUUCCAGUAUAGCGUGAGAUGCAAGCAAGUACCAGUUUAUUUUCCUGAAGGACAACUGUGUGUAGAAAUGCUGCAAUUAUAUUUCAGUCGACUGUGAAUAAUCUUUGCUCAGAUGGUGUAUUUUCCUGUUACAAUUGCUAAGAUUUUGCUUUUCCAAGGUAUUUUAAGGAUUUACAGUCAGGUAAAUAAACCUGGUGUUGCUUAUUUGUUAGUGGACACUAUGCAAUAGUCAGUAUUUUACAGGACUUGUUCCCUCAGUCAUUUUCUUAAAUGUGUAUUUAGAAGCUGAAUUAGGUGGUCCUGUUUUUUCGCUUUUCACAUUUUCCAAACCACUGGAGUAUAAACAGAAUUAAACAGGAUAUGUGUCUGAGGCAAAGCUGUGGUUUUAGUCUACCAGUAUUUCUUAAAGUGCAUAUGUGAGUUGGUGUUUUAAUAAUUUUUAAUCCUAACUUGGACAUUUAACAGUAGCAGAAGACGCAUGGAAGGUGAUUUAUUUUUAAACCUGUCCAGUCUAUUAGGACUUCACCAGGAUUCUGUCUCACGCUACAGCACUUCAGAUUUUCUAGGUUUUAUUUAGAUUUCAGCAUUUGGAUUUCCUAAAUUCAAAAGCUUAAAAAAAAUAUUACUUUUAAGGAUAAGACUUUAAUUCAAUGGUUUCCAUUUUUUUCAAAGCAGAUGCUGAAUUUUAUUUAUUUUGACAUAAGAACCACUUUUAUAAAGAAAGUGAAUUACGUUUAUCAGCUAAGAUGAUUGUUGUAAAAUUGCUUCUUUGAUAGGAGAACUGCUUAAACAUACAUAUAUUUAUUAUUGCAUUUAGAAGUGUAAGAUUAUAGGAAAGUGACAGGAGAGUAUGUGUGCUGGAAUAAAUCCAUUGGUGUUUUUUUCCCAGUUAUUGAGGAUCUGAUGCAGAAGAAUAAAUGUUUUUGACGAGGCUAUUUCUAACUCCAUUCUCAGUUGUCUGGCUUUGCAGCUUAGUAUGUAGAGAAGGAUUCUUUGAAAGGGGAGUGCUUCGUCUAUUACCCCAACCAGUAAUUGUCACUCUUCGAUAUAAGAUUCCAAAGCAGCAGCAGUGGCUUUAAUUAAUGUGCUAGUAACAGUGUUUAAUAAAUAUAGCAGCUGGAGAGGGCUGAGGAAUCUCCUAAUAAAGCUGUAGGAAAGAAUUACAUUAGCCUAUAAAUACUGGUCUGCAGCAGCUAUGUUCAUUUCUCCUGUGGCUUGCACAGUAAGCUUUGUCCUUGUUUUUCAGUGUCUCAAAUGUUACUGUAUGCUGGCAGAAGAGGCUGGUAGCCUUUUGUAACCUGACUGUGUGAAACCAAAAAUACACAGUCCAAAUUAGAGACGGUCAUGUUUAAAAAAUGUCUCGGACCUGUUUGUGAUGGGAGGAGCUCUUGUUCUAGAGUCGGCAGUUCUUUUGCACUGGCUAGAGAGAGAAGGCUAUGGACCGCUAGGGAUGACUGGAAUAUCCAUGGGAGGACAUAUGGCUUCACUGGCAGUGACAAACUGGCCUAAACCGUUGCCAUUGAUUCCAUGUCUGUCCUGGUCAACAGCUUCUGCAGUCUUUACUACGGGUGUGUUGAGCAAGGCAGUGAACUGGAGAGAGCUAGAGAAACAGUAUUUUACACACACUGUUUAUGAAGAAGAAAUAAUUCAAAUGCUGGAAUACUGUGGAACGGAUUCUUUCAAGAUGGGACAAGACUUUGUUAAAAACUUCCCUGACAGUGUGGACAGUCUGGAGGAUGUGGAUGUGACUUCCAGAAUGUUCGACCUUGGUUCCCCAAACCAGACUGUAUCUAAAGAAGCUGUUCACAGUUUCACCACAAAUAGAAGUACUCUAAGUGCCUCAUCAGAAAGACUCUUCAUACAAGAUGCUCCUAAAAUGCAGUACAUAAAUCAAACAUUUUCAACCAGUAGCAAUAGCAAUAAAAACGUAACCAACCCACAAGGACACAGGAUAAAUAAAAGAAAGAGUGACACUUUACAGAGAGAAUCCUUAAGGUUCAUGAAAGGAGUAAUGGAUGAAUGUACCCAUGUAGCUAACUUCUCAGUUCCAGUUGACCCCAGUUUAAUCAUAGUUGUACAAGCUAAGGAGGAUGCGUAUAUUCCCCGAACUGGGGUGCGCAGUCUUCAAGAAAUCUGGCCUGGAUGUGAAAUUAGGUAUCUGGAUGGAGGUCAUAUCAGUGCCUACCUCUUCAAACAAGGACUCUUUAGACAAGCCAUUUAUGAUGCAUUUGACCGCUUUCUUCAGAAAUACACAGUUUAAAAGUCUUCAUAAUGUAUUCAAACUGAUCUCAAUAGUACUUCUGCUUACUGGAACUUGUAUUUGGAAAACAAGCCCCUUGCAACGUUGCAUAGAUGGUCACUGACUUUGACUGUUGUAGGUAACAAUUACCAAAAAUGGUAACGUACCAGCAUUACUUUCAUUUCAACCAAAUGCCAUUCUGACAUACUUGCUUCAGCUUUACCUGUGAAAAAAACAAUGGCCGCGUUUUUAGUGCAUGAAUGGUUCAUGUAUUUCAUGUUUCAUCACAUUGUGUAUUCCUUUUAACUCUGAAUAAAUUCUGAAUUGCUUAUCAGUUGGAAACAGACCAAUCUAAUUGGUAUUGAAAGAAUAUUAAAUUUGGUGUAGACCGAAGAUGAUAUCUUGCAUUUAAUGUAUUUCUAGAUUGUUUCAGGUACCUUGGUUUCCUCUUGCUUCCUUGUCCCCUUGCUAUUCCUAUUGUGUUGUUCUAUGGUGUUGCCAGCACUUGGCCUCUUGUGCUCCUCACUGCUUUUCUCUAUUAUGAAUUGAAAACGAGACGUAAUACAAGGGGCAGAAUCGAACCUUGCAAGAGACGACUUUCAAAAUUCAUCGGAGACAUUUUCAUUCCAUGCAUCUGUGAGAUUUUCUGCUACUGAAUUAAACCGUGCCAUUCCAGAAGAAUCAUGUAGUGAUUAAUUGAUCCGUUAUACAAACCUGGAAUAAGUGAAAAUGGAGUGUCUAGUAAUGGUUUACAUGCAUUCAGCUGGAUAACAUAAACUACUACUUCUAGAUUUUUCUUUUUCAGAAUCCUAGAGGAAAUAAAAAUGUAAUCAGUUUUCCUGAGAAGCAGUGCUGCGAAGAGCCUGACUCUAAGCAGUUCAAUCAACUGCAGAUUAUCUGGUGCUAUAAAGACCUGUUGGAUAUAUUUCAACAGAGGUCCUUUUUAAAGUGCACUCAGCGCUAAUAUGCAAAAUAGUUUCGCUGUGUCAUAUUAAAAAUGUAUGUGAGACUAAGGGUUAUCAAAACAACUUGUUUUUCAAUGCUGUCUUUUUAAUUGGAUGGAAAAUAAAAAUGAGAAUUACGAAUGCAUUUAGCAAAAUCCAAAGUCUGUUCCCUCUUCUGAGAUCAAAAAUGCCAGCGAAUUACAGCAGAAUAAAAGGUGGUCAUGCAUCAGCUGUAUAAGGUAUCUGCCCACAUUGUUUCUGUGGUAAUCUCCUGUAACAUUCUUUUAAAGCUAGUUUGCAGAGAAGUUGCAAACUGAAACACUUCAGUACUAAUUUUAGUACAGUAGUGGCCAGAGUUACACAGAAACAAACAGAAAAUCCAGCCAUUUCUUGGGUUACGUGACUUCUGCACCUUUCAAAUCAAGCACUUUGUUUAUCUCCAUGGUUAGCAUAAUGGUUUUUAAUAGGCAGAGUAUGAAGCAAAAAAAGGCUCAUGUAAAUUAGCCUUGAAUUUUACUCUGGCAGACAGGACUAUUAACUGCGAAGAAAUCGUGGUUCACUUGAAAAUCAGAUAAGUUCAGGGAAAACUGAAGUGCAACAACUUUAAGAACCCAAAUCAUUUAACAUGCAAAUGUACUGAAAAUGCAAAAGAACUUAUUCUGUCAGAAGUAAAAUUGCUUGUUUCAAGUGGUGCUUCAUCAUUUCUUCAGGGAGCAUUGUGUUUAUAUAUAUCGGGAAAAAGUGUGAAGUGACUAGCAUAUUUGAAUACAGUAAACCACUGAAGGUUGGAAGGUUUGAAAUCCAAUAUAAGUAAAUUUGCAAAUUUAAAAUUGAAGGCUUGAAUAGUAUACUAAAGGGUUUAUGGGGUUUACAUUUUACAAGCUCAUUCAUCAACUAAGAGUUUUACCAGACCAUUGUCUGCUGUCCACCAACUUUUUCAGAUCUCACAUUUGAAAUGUAUUUGUGUGCUUUCUGUCCUGUUUCUUGCAGCUAUGAGAAAGGGAAAUAACUGGUGGCAAGGGAAAGGGCUUGAAUAAAUGGAAGAGAGGAAAGACAGAUUUUGAAAGGCGGGGAAUAAGCACACACACAAAAAAAUCAACUUCUCUAGGCUGUAAAGUAUAACAUGCUAAAGUAAAUAUUUUCAAAGUGCACAAUAUUAGGAAUUACAACCGAUGGGAGCUUGACAUCCUGAGGUUAGUGUUCUGAUGAUAUUACUACAAGGUUUAACUUGCCUAAAGGGCACGCUGUUCGCAGCAGCAGGUUUAUGCUAACGUAACCCCUGGCUGGGAGGGUGUCUUUUGGGAUAAGUAGUGAAAGACUGCUCUCCAACAAGAAUGAGAAAUCACGUUUUGUGUGUAACUAAAGUAAUGUGGCCAAAUAUGAAAUCCCAGGAAGCAGCAUUUAAGAAAUUUCUCAGAUUAGAAUAACAAAAAGGAAAAAUGAGCUCUGUUGUCUGUUUCUGCCAGUUACCGGACACAGGAAGCUAUCAGCUGGUGUGCGAAGGGGGGAAUCUUGCUGUGUGAAUGUUUUUAGCCUUUGGAAAAGGGACUUUUAAAACCAGAUUUUAGUGUUAAAUCCUAAGAAAGCAUUAUUAAUAAUUCAUUUUGAUGUUAAAUGAGGAUGUGAUUUUAAUCUAGCAAUUGCAUGAGAAAAAUAUUGGAAUAAGGUCCCUGCACUAAAUCCAGAUAGCAGCUAAGCCCUUCCGUGUGUCUUACACUUACUGUAAAACGGGCCUUGAUAAGUUUUUGGCUUUAAUGUUUUUCAAUAAAAAUCCUAAACAAAAA